CCUGCUUAGAGACGAUUGCUUAAUGCUCUCCUGUACGUACCCGUUGCUAGCUCACUGCUCAGAACGCUGCCCGGUCGCUGCUCGUUCUCUACAGCUCUGCAGAGCCGUUGCCAUUUCUCUUCUACGCCCUGCGCGUGCCUGCAAUUGGUGCUGUGAUAUCCAGCCAGGCGUACUGGGCGCGUGCAAGAAACUACAUUCACCCCGCCGCAAUGCGCAGUUCAUCGCCAUUGCAGCUCAUCUGCUGCUUGCUGUAUUAACCGCAUCUCUUGACUGCAUAUCUGCACGUCGUCUAAGCUCUUAGCUGAGCAAGCGACUCGCAAACCUUCUGCUCCGGUACCCAAAUACCCCACCUGCUCUGUACCUUCGGCUCGUAUAUCUGCCAGCAGCUUAUUAGCACCCGCCUGGCUCAAAGCCGAUGCUGCAGCACUCGGCCUCCAUGCGGCUUCCUACCACCCUCCUCCUUUUCUCAGUCCGCCUCUCCUGUUCUGCCUCUCCUGUUCUGUUUCCCUCCUCCUCAUCAUCAUCUUCUUCUGUUUCAUGGUAUCCCGUCCUGCAUCCACAGACAAUGACUGUCAUCUGGAUCCUGACUCGCCGCGCCCGCCUCCGCCGCCGCCGUUUGCUGUCCUACUUCCUAGUGACAGCCGUUGUCUUGACACUCUUCCUUCAAAACCGCACCAUUAACUCUUCCCCCGCCGGCCCGCGCGACGGCACCUACGCCAGCAACCUCUAUGCCUUCUCCAACAAAGUCUCCGCUCACCUGCAACGCUCCUGCCACCAGAUCCUGGGCUGCGACAAGCCAGCCGACGCGUCCCUAACCACCACCUCCUCCUCCCUCGUACCCUCCCCCACGCCGGUCGUGAUCUCCAAGGAGGAGCAGCGCAAGAUCAACGAGAAAAAGGCCAGAUGGGAAAACUUUGCCGCGCAGUACCGACGCAAUCGCGAACUGCACUUCGACCCCAAUCCUCUGAAGCAGCUCGCGUACUGCUCCAGCAAGCAGAAAAAGCCCGGCGUGCACAGCAACUUCCUCACCAACGCCGUCACCGACGAAGGCACCAUGGCGCGCGUCGAGUUCCUCUGGGGCGACCGCACUCCCCGCUACAACCCCAACAUCCUGCCAUACCCCCCCGGAUCAAAGUUGCCUUACCUCGGGAUCGCGCGCAUCAGUCCGCUCAGAUCGUUGUACCACCACGAGCUAGUUUGGUGCGACCUCAAAUGGAUCCAGUCGCGAACAAUCGGACGCACAAUGCUCGAGUGCGACGGGCGGGCAAAGACCAUCCAGUUUGAGAAGGAAUGGCCUACUCCGCCCGGGCUCUGCAAGACGAUCCCGUUCCUGUCCCUCAUGCAGGGCCAUACCGAUCCGCGAGUCUUUUUCUCGCCGCGCGGAGAGCCGCUGAUGGUCGUCGGCACGAACGGACGGCACAACUGUCUGCAUCAGUACGUCAUCGAUCUGCGUGCGGUGAUCCCAGACCUGGGCGCCAAAAUGAAGCUCGAGAAUGUGCCGGUGCGGUACAAAAAGCUGACCGAGCUCACGCGGCCGGUGUUAUCUGAGGUCGAAAAGAACUGGUUCGUCAUGUACGACGAGAAGAACGUCGGAUGGAUCCAGCACGACACCAACCGACGCACCGUCUCGCUUCUCGACCCCCCGCCGGCAAAGAAGAAGGGCGCUCUACCGGAAGUCGUCAAUAUUGGCAACAAAACCCCCAAGGUUGUCACUUCUCUGAUCCAGACCUUCAAGGACAAGCGAACUUCGGCCAACGAUCUCCACCAGGCAUCCAACACUCUCCGCGUCACGCUCUGCGACUUCCCCUGCAUCCCAACUAUCCACAACACCGUUAUCGUCGAGAUUCUGCAUGUCAAGUACAAAAACUUCUACGAGCUCUUCUAUCGACGCUUCGCAGUCAUCAUGAACGCUACCGCUCCGUUCGACAUCAUCGGCCGCACCGGAAGCCUGCACUAUGCCGGCGUGGACGAGAAGACAAUGGUGUACACCGUCUCCAUGAUCUGGGACAGCCAGCACUACGCGCGCCACGAGCCCUGGGACGAGAAAAAACACGGCGGACAAGAGGUGUGGCGGGUUCUCAACGAGCGGGACCGCAUCAACGACGAGAAAUGGCAAAAGAAAAUGGAAGACCGCGAUCGGAGACUGAAGCAGGAGAAGGAAGAGAAGCGGAAGCAGCUCAUGCGCGAAAAGCAGGCUGACGAAACGGUCGAGCAGGAGCGGUUGCAGUCCGAGCGCACUCAUAUGGUCAAGCAAGAGGAAGAUGAGCUUGAGUCUGAACGCGCGGCGAGCAAGAAAGCGGACGACAAGGCUGAAGCUGAUGAGGACUCUGGCUCCUGGGCAAGAAGAAUGAGAAGUGGAAUUGAAAAGCUGGCGGAAUUGCAGGUCAGAUUCGGCAAUGGGGCAAACUUCUUCCAAGCCUUUGCUUCUGAAGACAGCGUGUCCAGUACUACUGCUAUUUCUACAAAGACUCAGGCUCCUGUGCUGUCUACUACAACGUCUCAGACCGCAGACGCCAAAGCGACCAUCAAAAAGCGCGAAGUUCCCAACACGCUCACCACACUCGUCACCACCACCACGCCUUCCACCGACAUACCAAAAGCAACAACUACCCCCUCCACCACGCCAGCCAAGAAAGAACAACCACAGCCCGCUCUCGUUCAAAACCCGUUCGUCAACCCAUACUACCACGGCUGGCUCAACGACGUCCUCAUGAUCAACUUUGGCAUCAACGACGCCGAGGCUGGUUUCUUGCAUGUCACCGCUAGAGAUCUGUUAGACUGUAUACUUGUGAAUGAGGGGUAGAUCUGAUUGAUUUGUCUGCAUUGCUUGCUUAUGUAUCAUUUUCGCGUCUUGUUUCCAUCAGAUCUCAUACAUGCUUGCGUUUUUUCUACAUCUACAUUUGUACUUACAUUUGCGCUUUUUCAUGAUUUAUUAUUAGACACUCCAGCAACCAAAACUAGCUGCGUACUCUAUAUUGUAUAGUUAAUGUAUAGUUAAUCACUCUUCUCAUUUCUUAC